UUACACUUCGGAGUUUUCGUUAACGGGAGUACCAAAAAGUCCUCGAGUGCACUACAUCCCGAAAUUCCCACGACCUGUUCAGAAACCAACCCCUCCCAUCGUCCGGAAUAAUCCAAUCCGCCACACCUCCCACACAAUGGCGAAAGACAGAACCGAAGAUCCGGAGAAGAAGGAGAAGAAGAGCCGGAAGUCCAUAGACGGCGUGUCCAAGUCGCACAAGAAGGAAAAGAAGGACAAGAAGGACAAGAAGGAGAAGAAGCAGAAGAACCGCGAGGAGCAGCCUACGUCGGAUGCCGUCGCUGGUGCGGACGAAGAUGUCGAGAUGGGCGGCACCGGCGCUGCUGAGGUCGCGGUCAAUGGCGAGGACGAGGUGGUAAAGCAGCUUGUGCCGUUCGCCGAUCCGAUGGCGACGGCGGAGGAGACCAAGAAGAUCCUCGAUGGCGUCAAACGAGCCUCCCGCAACCGCGCCCUCCUCACCGGCAUCAAGGAGACCCAAAAAUCCCUCCGCCGCUCCUCCACCGCUGCGACGGCCGCGCCGCGCGGGAUCCUCAUCCUAGCCGCCGACACCUACCCGUGGGACAUCAUCUCGCACAUGCCGGUGCUGUGCGAGGACCACAACACGCCGUACAUCUUCGUGCGGAGCCGUGAGGAGCUGGGGCAGGCGGGUGGCAGUGUGCGGAUGCAGACGAGCGCCAUGAUGGUGCUGGCGGAGAAGGGGGUGAAGAAGGCGGCGAAGGAGGGGGAGGCGGCGAAGGAGGCGGUGCCGGGGGAGCUGAGCGCGGAGGAGUAUAAGAAGGCGUAUGAGAAGCUGCUUAAGGUGGUGAACAAGGCGCAGGACCGGGUGAAGUUGUGAGGUUGGGGAAGAGAGAAGUAUAAUUUCUCGCAUGCGAUGGCUUGACUGGUUUCGGGGACCAGAUCAUGGAGUCUGGUGGAGUGGGCGUUUGCUGUAUUUGGUUUCUUGGGUUGGCAUGUCCUGACGGUCGUGGUUCUCAAUUGGUCGGGUUCGGACUUCAUAUACAAGGGCAGCGUGCGUGUAUAUAAGACAUACGCAGGAGCACCCCGAUGCCAACAACGGUGAAUGCGAGGCAGAGCCGUAUGUAUGGUAUCUCAAUAGGGUAUCGUAACUACCUAACUCCGGAUUCCACCCUAUUCCAUCAUCGCCUGUUUGAACGUUGGUACAUGAGUCUCGUAGGGAAUGAUAGCCUGUUACCCCAAUGCACCGUCCGAGCCUGGUGUCCGGCACCUGAUAUCCUGCCCCAAUCCAACCGUAGAAGUAGGAAAUAAGUGCACCUAGAAACCCAAGAAACGCCUGCAAGUUGACCAUUCGCUUCGGCUCAUCCGU